GGUCAACCAUUCUCACCGACAUCAUCAACAAACGCUAACACUGCAUCAUCAGCUGCCGACUCAAACUCAUCAAGCUCUUCGACUGGUCCAAAAACAUUUGUAGCUUGCAAAGUUUGCGGUGAUAAAGCAUCCGGAUAUCAUUACGGGGUAACCUCAUGUGAAGGAUGUAAGGGAUUUUUCCGACGGAGCAUUCAAAAACAAAUCGAAUAUCGUUGCUUGCGCGAUGGCAAAUGCUUGGUAAUCAGACUGAACCGCAAUCGAUGCCAAUAUUGUAGAUUUAAAAAAUGUUUAGCUGUUGGAAUGAGUAGAGAC